GAAACUCCUCUUUUUGGUAAAAUCAGAGUUCAGAGGUAAGUCAUAAAGGGGUUUUGAUUCAGAAUGAGUCAGAGCGCCACCAAAACCAACAUGAAAAGCACGCUCACUCCCAUUGGCCGUCAGAAACCCAGCGAAACUUCCACCCACUCGUGACCCCUCCUUACAUAUUACUCCCUUUCCUCCCCAAGGUUUUAGGGUUUAACACAGACGCUUCUCGUCCGGCGCAUUGUCAUUGCCUGUCGAUUUCAAUACCUCAUUCCAUGGACGAUGUUAGGGCAACCUCUGCUUGGGUCGCCAGCCACUCCUCUCACGUUCUCGUUGACUCUGCAGGCAUUGAAAAAGUGGUCGAUACCAUUGAAUCCAUUCCGAAGGUUGAGUGGGAUUUCGAAGGGAUUCACUACUUUGAUAAUGGACCACUCACCGUUCAAUACCUGUUUGUACUGGACGCUCUAAAUUUUUGCUUCUGGCCCGAUAAGGAGUUGAGUUACGAUCAUUUGGCAUCUGGGCUAAAGGCUGCUCUUGAAAAUGAUAAAUCUGCAUUUGAUGCUGACCGUCUGCAAACGUAUACAGGUCCACAACUACGUGAACUUUUGAGGUGGCCAAGACCCCUUCCAUUGGAAGAUGAACGCGUUCGAUUAUUGCACGAGGUUGGGCUUGAGCUAGAAAGAAGUUUCGAGGGAAAAGCGUCUAAUAUUGUGGAGGCUUGUGGAAAAUCUGCUUUAAAUCUUGUUGCUCUUGUUGCACGUCAUUUUCCCGGUUUUAGAGACCACUCUGUCUAUAAAGGCCGCCAAGUGUUUCUGUAUAAGAGAGCGCAGAUAUUUGCAGCAGAUUUAUGGGGUGCAUUCCAGGGAAAAGGAUAUGGUGAAUUUGAAGAUAUUGGCUCAAUUACUAUAAUGGCGGAUUAUAUUGUCCCAGCUGUGCUCCGGCAGCUUGGUGUGUUAAAAUAUAGUCCAAAACUUGCCAGCAUUAUUGAGAGCAGUGGAGAAAUAAAUCCUGGGACUGAAGAGGAAGUUGAACUACGGGCUUGCUCUGUACAUGCAGUGGAGAAAAUGAGGGAGCUGAUGAGCGUAAAAUCUGGGAGGCAGGUGCUCAGCGUGGAGCUGGAUCUUUGGCUUUGGGCGUCUGGCAUUCAAUGCCCAUCUCUGCAGCACCAUAAAACACUUUCAAUAUAUUACUGAAUUCACGAGAUAACCUGGUCACUUGUUAUCUAUGAAUCAGUUGCAGAAUGAGGAAAUUUUGGAUUGGAUAUUUAGUGGUAAUUAUUUUGGAUGGUGAUAAGCUAGCUGCCUAGAAAAUCUUGGUUUCGGCUUUCAGAGGAAGUAAUAUCUCGGUUAAUUUGGUUUAGUUUUGGUUCUGUAUACGAAACACUUGUUGGUUCUGUCAGAGUUAGCAUAACACGAUUUGCUUUUGGGAAGAACAUUAAGAGAAUUACGAGACCGAAUUAUC